CCGCAGCGGGCCUGCUCGUGUGCGCGUGCGCAUUGGGGCGGCCGGGCAACGCCGGAUCGCUUAGGCGUCGCCCGCUUCAUCCCUCCACCCGUGGGCCGGCAAUGGCGGUCCCAGUUUCGCUUUUCGGUUUGGUGGGGCUGCUGCUUGUGUCUGCGCUGCCCGGGGUCCUAGGAGACCGCGCCAAUCCCGACCUCCGGGCACACCCAGGGAACGCAGCCCACCCCGGCUCUGGGGCCACGGAACCCCGACGGCGACCACCGCUCAAGGACCAGCGCGAGCGGGCCCGGGCCGGGUCGCUGCCUCUGGGGGCGCUUUACACCGCGGCCGUCGUGGCUUUUGUGCUGUACAAGUGUUUGCAGGGGAAAGAUGAAACUGCGGUUCUCCACGAGGAGGCAAGCAAGCAGCAGCCACUGCAGUCAGAGCAACAGCUGGCCCAGUUGACACAACAGCUGGCCCAGACAGAGCAGCACCUGAACAACCUGAUGGCCCAGCUGGACCCCCUUUUUGAGCGUGUGACUACUCUGGCUGGAGCCCAGCAGGAGCUUCUGAACAUGAAGCUACGGACCAUCCAUGAGCUGCUGCAAGACAGUAAGCCGGACAAGGGUAUGGAGGCUUCAGAACCAGAGACCAGCAGAUCUCUUCCUGAGGACUUUUGUUUAAAGGAGGACGAGGAGGAGGUUGGUGACAGUCAGGACUGGGAGGAGCCCACAAACUGGACCACAGAGACAUGGAACCUAUCUACUUCCCGGGAGGUGGAACGGGGGCUACGGAGAAGGUGCAGCCAGACUGUGGCAGAGGGCCCCAGUCACAGCCCUGGCUGGGAAGGAGGGACGACAGCUGAAGGUUGAGUAAAACAAAGUGUUUUUGUGA